ACGGUGAUGAAGAUAUGCGAUCAGGGGCAUGUAUCUAUGAAUUCUGUUUACCAUCAGCCGCGGAGUUCCAGUCCUUUGCCGGAGGUUGAGUGUGCUGGUCGAGCGGUGCUGGUAGGUAGUUUAAGCGGACGAAAAUGGCGGACGGAUCCAUGGACGUGGAGCCGCGGCGCCCCGUGAGGAGAAACGCCGUGAGACAGGCCAACGUGGUGGAAGUCAAGGGACACAAGUUCGUGCUCACCUACUUCAAGACCUUCACAUUCUGCGGCCACUGCGGCCGCUUCCUCUGGGGCGUAACAGGGCCGCAGGGAUACCAAUGCAAACUGUGUGACUUUGUUAUGCACAAGAGAUGCCUGGACUACGUGUCUUUCAUCUGUCCAGAUGUUCACAUAGGCAACGGAGCUCCAUCUCCACACAAGUUCAAAACGAUGUCAUUCCGAGGCCCCACAUGGUGCGAUCACUGUGGCUCCUUCAUCUAUGGUCUGAUGAAGCAGGGGAAGCAGUGUGCUGACUGUGGAGUCAGUGUCCACCAUCGCUGCCACGAGAUGGUCCCCAAGACGUGUGGCCAGCAGGUCAAGGAGACACGAGGUCGCCUCGAGAUGACCGUCAGGUCCGAAGACAUUGACGACCAACACAUAAGACUCCAUAUUGGCAUUAUCCAGGCAGCCAACCUCCCCCCCAUGGACGCCAAUGGACUGGCUGAUCCCUACGUGAAGCUGCGAAUGCUGCCUGACUCCAGCAAUUCCGCCAAGCAGAAGACAGAGCGACAGGCCAAGACACUGUGUCCAGUCUGGGAGGAGACCUUCUUCUUUGAUGUGAACAAGACGGACUCGUCAUUUGAGGUCUCUCGUCUGGUGGUGGAGGUGUGGGACUGGGACCGCUACACCGCCAACGAUCUGGUCGGGGGGUUCAGUAUCCCAGUGCCAGAGAUCGUGGAGUGGAGUACGGGAGGCAGCACCGUCACAAACUGGUACCGUCUCCUUGAUGCCAAGAACUUGAAACAGAAAUAUGAGCACGUCAUUGAGGACAGCGAGGCUGAGAAGCUGAUAGAGGAGUUCAAGAAGAAGACGAGGAUCGACAGGGCACGGGGGCUCCGCCCAGAGGGCAUCCCCGACCUGAGGAGAGGCUCUGAGAUGGUCCCCGAGUCACACGGUCUCCCCAAAAUGGCUCUCGGAGAUUUCAAACUCAUCGUCGUCCUCGGGAAAGGGAGCUUCGGGAAGGUGUUCCUGGCGGAGCACAAGGAGUCGAAGGAGGUGUAUGCCAUCAAGAGUCUCAAGAAGGACCUGAUUGUGCAGGAGGACGAUGUGGAGUGCACUCUCAACGAGAGGAAAGUGCUGGCACUGCAGAGCAAGCCUCCAUUCCUCAUCAACCUCCACUCCUGCUUCCAGACUGAGGAACACCUCUUCUUUGUCAUGGAGUACGUCAGUGGAGGAGACCUCAUGUUCCACAUCCUGGAACUGGGCCGGUUCUCUGAAAGUCAGACCAGGUUCUACGCGGCGGAGAUAGUGCUGGGUCUGCUGUACCUCCACGACCUGGGCAUCAUCUACAGAGACCUCAAACUGGACAAUGUUCUCCUGGCCUCGGACGGACACGUCAAGAUUGCCGACUUUGGUCUCUGCAAGGACGGCAUCUCUGGCAGCUCAAAAGCCAGGACCUUCUGUGGCACUCCAGACUACAUUGCUCCUGAGAUCAUUCAGUAUCAUCCGUAUGAUGCAGCUGUUGACUGGUGGGCUCUGGGUGUCCUCAUCUACGAGAUGUUGGUUGGAAGAGUAAGUGGCAUGUCCCUCUGCUAUGUGGAGUACAUACUUGAUUCCCUCACCAGGAUUCCUGCGUAGUGGUUACAUCGUUAUGAUGUUACGUUAGUAUGCAGUGUGUUUACAUAUAGUAUGCAGUGUGUUUACAUACAAAGACUUGCUAUUGUUACAGUUACAGGAAGUAUCACUUGCUUGUAGAGCUAUAUUAUAGUCUGGCUUCUUGCCUUUUGUGUGGUAACUUGUCUGUCAACAGAAAACUAACUGUUUCCCUUUAAUUAGAACCGUCCCUCUCAUUACUGCAGCCACCAUUUGACGGAGAAGAUGACGACCAAUUGUUCAUGAACAUUGUCCAGAAGCCGGUUCACUAUCCUCGAGGCUUGUCUGAACCUUGCAGGAAGAUCAUUUCAGGAUUUCUGAUCAAGAAUGCCACCAAGCGACUGGGCAGUCACCCGGAGGCAGGAGUGGAUCAGAUCAAGUCACAGCCCUUCUUCAAGAACAUGGACUGGGACAAGCUAGCCAAGAAAGAAGUGAAGCCUCCGUAUCGACCAAAGAAUAAAGGCAAGAAGAACCACGAUAACUUUGACCCAGAGUUUCACUAAGGAGCCUUGCAGACUCAGCCCCGUGGACGCCAACAUCAUUGCAGCCAUCGACCCUGGAGCCUUCGAAGGGUUCUCCUUUACUAAUCCAGAGCUAUACAUCGACUCUUGAACACCUCUCUUUAGCUGGACCUUGCCUCUCAUUGCACAUGUUGUUAUUUUUAUCUUGAGUGUGCACACGCAUUAUUUUAGUGUAUAAUUAUACAUAUUUUGUAGUUAUGGUAUGCCAGAAAUGUUUAUUUUUGACUCGAAUUAGCAUUGUUUCCGGGC